AUGACGAUAACGGACUUACGUUCCAUCUUCACGAUCGGAAUACUUAGCACCUGUCUUGAUUAUCUCUCCGGAUUUCUACUACUUACCGCCACGCUGCUUCCAAUAACUCGGUUGAUGUAUGAGUGUGCCGGCGGGAUAGUACCACGUGGUUCCUCCAUAAGCCAUAAAAUUCUUAUUGUGCUUAUAGGACCUGACUUGAUUGCCUGUAUUGCGUUAUUGAUAUGGCUUAUCACUGACACCAAUGUGGACAUCGAUGGGGCCAAUCGAUUCUUCAGCGGGAUUUAUUCGGGCCUUACAGGGAUCUUCAUCAUCUUAUAUGCUGUGCUAGGACCUAUUGGAUCAUUAAUGGGUUUUAUCAACCAUAUAAUUGCGAUUAGGAAGGCGCCCCAGCUUCGCAGGAGCGGUAAACUACGGACACUUGCACACCUUCUUACGAUAGCUCAACUCGCGAAGUACGUCGUUCACAUUGUCGUGUUAUGGGUCAACGAUGGUAUUGUGGGAUAUAUCCUAGAAAGGACAUUUCUACUAGUGGCAAUUGCCACUGCACUGUACUAUGUGCCAAGUGCAGCAUUGGCAGCUGCUAAUAAUGCCGAACCACCACGGUAUGAGCAGGGGGCUGAGCCACCUGUGUACAGUACACAGUACGCUCCCUUGAACACAUUCCCUCGCGAUGAGGCGCAAUAUUCCCAGAGCAAUGCGAACAUGACAGAAACGUAUGACGUGCCACCGAUACCUCCUGUGGAAAAACCACAAGAACUGCCAGUAGGGUAUACCGAAGUACCACAGCAACUAGACUGUCCACCGCAGCCAUGA